AUGUCGUCUUCAAACUUGUUAUUUUUCUCUCUAACUCUAUUAAUCAUCACACUCUCCCCCAUACCAAAUUUCGCUUCUCCUUCUUUGGAGGAAGCCAAUGCUCUUCUUAAAUGGAAAGCAAGCCUUGAAAUCCCCAAAAACUCCUUACUCUCUUCAUGGAUUCCCCUCCCUUUGAAUUCCAGUGCAUCAGUUCCAUGCACUUCUUGGUUUGGAGUAGUUUGCAAUUCUGAUGGGAGCAUUCAGAAGUUGAACCUCACAUCAUCCGGAUUAAUGGGUACGCUUCAUCAAUUUCCAUUCUCUUUGCUACACAAUCUUGUGCAUUUUGAUCUCAGUGUAAACAACUUCUUUGGCCCCAUCCCACCAGAAAUCCAUCUUUUGUCCAAACUUGUAUAUCUUGAUUUUUCAUUGAACAAGUUUUCUGGAGUAAUCCCACCUGAAAUUGGAAACCUGCACCAGCUAACCUUCUUGUACCUAUCCUUAAACAAUAUAUCUGGCUCUAUUCCUUCGUCAUUGGGUGAUUUGACAUCUUUGAAUGUCCUUUAUUUGUUCCGCAAUUACCUCUCUGGUCCCAUUCCUAUUGAAUUUGGGAAUUUGAAGUCUCUUACUGAUCUUGCUGUGAAUGAGAAUCAACUUAAUGGCUCUAUUCCUUCGUCAUUGGGUGAUUUGACAUCUUUGAAUGUCCUUUAUUUGUACCACAAUUACCUUACUGGUCCCAUUCCUAUUGAACUUGGGAAUUUGAAGUCUCUCACUCGUCUUGAUGUGAGCUUCAAUAUACUCAGUGGUUCUAUUCCUUUAUCUCUAGCAAACCUGAGUAACCUACAGCUUCUGUACCUCGAUUGGAAUAAAUUAUCCGGCCCCAUUCCCAUUGAACUUGGGAAUUUGAAGUCUCUCACUUAUCUUCAGGUGGCUGUGAAUCAACUUAAUGGUUCUAUUCCUUCAUCAUUGGGUAAUUUGACAUCUUUGAAUGUUCUUUAUUUGCACACCAAUCAACUCUCUGGUCUCAUUCCUACUGAAAUUGGGAAGUUGAAGUCUCUCACUCAUCUUUCGGUGAGAGGAAAUCAGCUUAGUGGUUUUAUUCCUUCAUCAUUAGGUGAUUUGACAUCUUUAAUUCUCCUUUAUAUGCAUAACAAUGAGCUUGCUGGUCCCAUUCCUAGUGAACUUGGGAAGUUGAAGUCUCUCACUGAUUUCCAGGUGAACAACAAUCAAAUUAGUGGUUCUCUUCUUCCAGAGUUUGGAAAUUUAACUCAACUACGAAGACUUAAUCUGUCUUGA